GAGCGAGCUGCAUGGGUGUACCUCUACGGGGCCGAUGCGCAGUUCAGGGACUCGAUGGUGGAAAAGGAUACAUAUGGCUUGUGGAAGGCCACGACAACUGCACUGACAGUAAAACCUCGAGAUCCUACAGCACAACAAAAAGGCUUGAUAUCGUGGCUGAAGGAGCUGUUUUCGAUUCCCAACGUGCUGUGGUCUUUGCCUGAAGCAAUGGUUGCACCCCUGCUCCAAGGAAGGCCCGCUGCUGGAGCAAUCGAAGUGCACGGCAAGGGCAUCGUUGACCUCAUGCUCCAGUGUGUGGAGUUGGCGCGGGAGCGUCAGGACCCUCCCGAUGGCGACCACCUGCAAGUGUUCAGAGUUGUGAGCGCUCGUCCAGAAGACAAGGAACUGGUUCGACUUCCGCAUUUGCCUAUUGAGAAGCACACAGUGAGGAUUGCCUUGUUCGGUCGCGUGUCUGGCCUGAUCGCAUCUAAGCUCGAGUUCCAGAUGUUUGGGUGUUUCGACUUGCAGCUGUGGGGACUUGCGCAAGUUGUGGCUCUCCGGAUGUGGACCGCAAAGAUAUGGGACCCAAGGUUUGCCCUCCCAGAACACAUCGUUUCCGAGAUUGGGGCUGGUGACAGUUUGGUGCCAGAGGUGUUGUACGGUGACGACGCCAGGCCAGCAG